AUGUGUAACUGUUUGAAGAGAGGUCGUGGACUGCUGGGAGUGGUCUCAUUCUCCUCUACGUUAGGCUAUGCUCAGCGUAAAAUUCGAAAUUUUUUCAAAGAACAGGGGCGAGGUAAUAGUCGCGUAGCCAGGAUUUUGUUAGUGGGUGGGCGUUGCCCCAAAUUUUUUCAAAGUGGUAGAUACUAGCAC